GAUUUAGCAAGCUGUCGUCUAACAAGUAAAGUCUUUGCCCACGUCAGCCGAGCCGGUGUCAUUCAUUUCGGCAAUUUUUUGGAAUUAAAAACUAUCCGGUCAUUAUGGGACUUAGACUUAAAAUAUAUUUGGUUUGUCUAUUUCUAACGCUCACGAGCUUUUGCAAUGCGACCAGUGAAGAUGUGCUCAUAAAAAGUGCCGAACGAACCAUCGAUGUUACAAGUCAACUUGUCAAGAUCACCCACCGACUAACUUUAUCUAACACCGGCAAAUCAUCUGUCAACAGCUUUAACUUCCACAUCGAAUCCAGAGCUCAGCAAAAGCUUUCUUACUUUAAAGCCCAGCUCGCUGAUGGAAAAGAUUCUUCUGGUGUGUUGAAAGCAGUAUCAUCUACCGUUAAAGGAGUUAUGACAUACAAAGUCACAUUGAGCAGUUCACUAGAACCAGGCCAAACUGUCAAAGUUCUUGUUGGCACAGUGUUCACUCACAAUCUUGUACCUCAUCCAGCAGAAAUUACACAAAAAGAAAAGCAAUUAGUUCAGUACAGGGGUAGUGCCUACAUCUUCAGUCCAUACAAAAUAGCAUCACAAACUACAAAAGUUUUGCUGAGUUCAUCAUCUGUUGAAAGUUACACCAAAGUUAAGCCCUCUUCACAAAGUGAUUCAACCAUUACAUAUGGACCAUAUGAAAAUAUUGCUCCUUUGACUGAAGAGGACAUUGUUAUUCAUUUUGAGAACAAUGCUCCAUUUUUGAGUGUUGCCAACCUCCUUAGACACAUUGAAGUCUCUCAUUGGGGUAACAUUGCUGUUGAGGAGACUUUGGAUGUUUACCAUGGUGGAGCGAAGCUCAAAGGCUCUUUUUCCCGAUUUGAAUACCAAAGAGAACAUAGUGGAGUUUCCAGCAUUAAGUCAUUCAAAACUGUAUUGCCUGAGUUGGCCGCAGACGUGUAUUAUCGCGACGAAAUCGGCAACAUUUCUACCUCCAACUUGAGACAAGAAGACGACGGUGAUGUCUCAUUGGAACUCCGCCCUCGCUUCCCAUUGUUUGGAGGAUGGAAGACCCACUAUGUAGUUGGAUACAAUCUUCCCAGUUUCUCCAACUUAUUCAACUCUGGCGAUGAAUUCGUUUUGCAAAUGGACCUUAUUUCACACAUUUUCGAUCACAUGGUUAUCGAUGAUGCACUUGUUCGCAUUAUUCUCCCUGAAGGAGCAUCCAACAUUGAAAUUGAAACUCCUUAUGCAGUCACUCGAUUACCAGACACAUUGCAUUUUACUUACCUCGAUGUCAAGGGCCGCCCGGUCGUGGAAAUUGCUGCCAAGAACCUUGUGGAGAACCACAUCCAACCUUUCAAGUUGCGUUAUACAUUUUCGAGGAUCGUCAUGCUUCAAGAGCCCUUGUUAUGCGUUUUUGCCUUUUUCCUCCUGUUCCUCACUUUCAUCAUCUACGCACGGUUGGACUUUUCCAUCACCAAGGAUGAAGCUUGUGACAACCGACAGCGAGCAGCAGGUAUUGCUGAAAAUAUUCGUAAUCAUUACCUCAAAAGGUCGACAUUGUUUCAGGCAUUUGAAACGCACGUUGUCAAACUUAAAAGUUCCCGCGACAUCAACGCCUUUCAAGCAUCAGCAAAAAAUAUCACAAGUGAUCUACGUGCUCAAACCUUGGAUUUGCCGACUAAUCUGAAAUCAGAACAUCCUCAGCUAAACGAUCGCGUGACUGAAAUUCAAAAACAGGACAAGGCUUACAGAGACUUUCAAAGCACCCAUGCUCAGCUAGUAGAGCGACUGGUCGGCGGGAAAAUAAACAAACCGCAAUUCGUUGACGCAGAAGCCAUCCUGAUUAAAAAAAGAGAUGAACUCGUCGAAAAAUUGAAUCAUUUAAUCAACACGCUAUAAGUUAUAUAUAUUUUUUUAGAUCUGAAGGACUUUUUCGUUUGUAUUUGGUUGACAUUUAGCCAGCAUCAACAUUAAUCGCACGUAUUAAUUAAUCAUUAUUUUUUACCAAGAAAAAAUAAGCAAAUUAUUGUCAGUGAAAGAUUCGACUGUACGUGUGUUAACUUAGAAAUAGUAAAACUGUGACAUCUGUA